CAACAAUAGGCUACAAAGUUGGUGUAGGUUAAAGACAGUGAAGUUCUUUAGUUGCCUUGGAGACGGGGGUGGGGCCGCCGCUCGCGGAAACUGCCUUUAAAUAUGUCGUUGGAGUGAGAGGUUUUACACAGUCUCAUUUGGAUUUUACACUGAACUAGGCUACAUAGUAUAGUACCAGGGAAAACAACCAGGUACCGACCGUCGCCCUGAACACAAGACAAUCAGAACCAUGUGUGGGAUCUUUGCCUACCUGAAUUACUGUGUGCCUCGCACCAGAAAGGAAAUAUUCGAGACACUGGUGAAGGGACUGCAGAGGCUGGAGUACAGAGGCUACGAUUCAGCAGGCAUCGCUGUGGAUGGUGACAAAAACACAACGACAGAUGGCAUCAACAACAACAACAACAUCGUUCUCAUUAAGAAGAAAGGCAAAGUCAAGGCCCUGGAUGAAGAGCUCUACAAGAAAGACUGCAUGGAUCUGGAGGUAGAGUUGGACACACACUUUGGCAUGGCUCACACACGCUGGGCCACACACGGAGAACCCAGCGCCCUCAACAGCCAUCCCCACCGCUCCGACAAGAACAAUGAGUUUGUUGUCAUCCACAAUGGCAUCAUCACCAACUACAAAGAGUUAAAGAAGUACCUGAACUCCAAGGGCUAUGAGUUUGAGUCAAAGACGGACACAGAGGUCAUCCCUAAACUGAUCAAAUACGUUUACGACAACCGAGAGAGAGAAGACCUGUCCUUCUCUACCCUGGUGGAGAGGGUCAUUCAACAGCUGGAGGGGGCCUUCGCUCUGAUGUUUAAAAGCCGUUAUUUCCCCGGAGAGGCGGUAGCCACCAGGAGAGGAAGUCCUCUGCUCAUUGGUGUGCGGAGCAAGUAUGAGCUGUCUGCAGAGCACAUUCCAAUCCAGUACAACACUGAACACCCUGUAGCUAUGUUCAAAGAGGGGGUCCAGGAAAAGAACAGCCAUAACCGGCCAGAUAUCGCCAAUGCUGUGAAUUCCGCUGAAGACGGCAAGGCUGUGGAGUACUACUUUGCUUCUGACGCUAGUGCCAUCAUAGAGCACACCAACAAGGUGAUCUACCUGGAGGAUGAUGAUAUAGCAGCGGUUGUAGGGGGGAAGCUGUCCCUCCAUAGGCUGAACCGCCUGGCAGGGGAGGUUCCUGUCCGGGCCAUCCAGACCCUCCAGAUGGAAUUGCAGGAGAUCAUGAAAGGUAACUUUGAGGCGUUCAUGCAAAAGGAGAUCUUUGAACAGCCAGAGUCUGUGUUCAACACCAUGAGGGGGCGGAUCUGCUUCGACACCAACAAAGUGAUCCUGGGGGGAUUGAAGGACCACCUGAAGGAGAUCAAACGUUGCAGACGCCUCAUCAUGAUUGGCUGUGGAACCAGCUUCCAUGCUGCCGUGGCUACCAGACAAGUUCUGGAGGAGCUGACAGAGCUCCCUGUCAUGGUGGAGCUGGCUAGCGACUUCCUAGACCGCAACACGCCCGUCUUCAGAGACGACGUCUGCUUCUACAUCAGCCAAUCAGGUGAGACAGCAGACACCCUGAUGGCUCUGAGGUACUGUAAGGAUAGAGGUGCUCUGACGGUGGGGGUCACCAACACAGUGGGCUCCUCCAUCUCCAGAGACACAGACUGCGGGGUGCACAUCAAUGCUGGGCCAGAGAUAGGGGUUGCCAGCACCAAGGCCUACACCAGCCAGUUUGUGGCUCUCAUCAUGUUUGGUCUGAUGAUGAGUGAGGACAGGAUCUCCCUGCAGACAAGGAGGCUGGAGAUCAUCAAUGGACUCAGGAUACUCCCAGAGUUGAUCAAGAAAGUGUUGACUCUGGAUAAGAACAUCAAGUCCAUAGCAGAUGAGCUAUAUGAGCAGAGGUCUUUGCUGGUCAUGGGCCGAGGCUUCAACUACGCUACCUGUCUAGAGGGGGCACUGAAAAUCAAGGAAAUCCCCUACAUGCAUUCAGAGGGCAUCCUGGCUGGGGAGCUGAAGCACGGUCCUCUGGCUCUGAUUGACAAGCACAUGCCGGUCAUCAUGAUCAUCAUGAGAGACGCCUGCUACACCAAGUGUCAGAACGCACUGCAGCAAGUCACAGCCAGAUCGGGGCGGCCGAUUAUCCUGUGUUGCCAGGAUGACCCAGAGGUGUCUAAGAAUGCGUAUAAGACCAUUGAGCUGCCUCAGACAGUGGACUGUCUCCAGGGCAUGCUCAGUGUCAUCCCUCUGCAACUCUUGUCCUUUCACCUGGCUGUGCUGCGAGGAUACGACGUGGACUGUCCCAGGAACCUGGCCAAGUCUGUCACAGUGGAGUAGAACCAGGCAGAAGGCAGUAGAGGCAACAUCACUGCUCUGCUGAGGAGAGAGACAGAGGAGGCGAAGCCAUCAAAGUGCAAUUAUGUGUGUAGAAGGUGUUUGUGUGUUUUUGGUUUGACCAUCCUUGUGGGGACUAGAAGUAAAACAAGGAUAGUAAAACAAGGCAAAUUGGGAUAAGGGGGGACAUUUUGCUGAUCAACACAAGGAAAAAGGCUAUUUUAGGCUUAGGGGUUAGGUUUAGGGUUAGAGUUACAAUUAGGGUUAGGGUUAGAAUUAAGGUUAGGGGUUAGGGUUAAGAGUUAGGUUUAGGGGUUAAGGGUUAGGGAAAAUAUAAUUUUGAAUGGAAAUCAAUUUUAUGGUACCCACAAGGAUAUUAAAACAAACGUGUGUGUGUGUGUGUGUAUGUGUGCGUGUGUGAAUAGAGGGAAGUGACAUUUUUAAAGCACAGAAAUGUGAAGUCCUAUUGACACACUGUUGAGGCGAUGCCAUUGACCUUUUGGGCCUUUUGCUCUCUCUAUCUAUAUCUCACAAAACUUUGACCAUCUGUCAAAUCAGCAUUAUCUCCAAUAAUGCCUCCAAAGCAAGAUCCUUUCACUAUACAGUACUGUGCACACUGUGCCUUGUACCAAAUUUGUGCCUUGUCCACAAACAGUUGAGCCAAAAAUACAUAGUGUAGGAGUAAUGCAUUUAGUUGGUGUAUUGAAGUGCUUACAAUUGUGCAAUAUGGGAGGCAUUGUGAAUGUUUGAUAAUAUUAUCGUUGUUAAAUGGGUUCUCUGUCCCGUGGGAGUUUAUUAGCUUUGCAUCUUGGGGAGUGUAGGCUAUUCCAUAGCAUUCUGUUAUCCAGCAGAGCCAAUAGCUAGCAUAUUGUAGGGAACUAUUCUGAAAAGCUCUAUGUAGGCUAUUUGGAUAUAUCACUUGUGAUGUAGGGCCUACACACAUUGCUUUGGUGUACUGUACACAAAAAAUUCAUUCCUUGUAGUCCCAUAAUCAAGGGGCACUUUUUUUUUAUCACUCCUUUGUCAGAGUGAAUCUAAUAUGAUUUUACUCAUGAGGGGAUUACUGUUCAUCUACACUCCAAUCUGUUGAAAAGGGCCGGAUGAUACUGCUACAGGCUUGUAAGAUACUAUAAGAAUUAUACUUCCUUUCAUUCACUACCCUUUCAUUAAUCAUUAUUCUCAGUUUAGUCAUUGUAUGGCGUUCAUCAUUGCAAUCAUAUUAUGUUGUCUGUCAUGCAGCGUUGUGAGAGACAUCUCUGUCCUAUUCUAUGAAGACUGUUUGGGGUCCAUUGGCUUAUUUAUGUAUGAAACCAAUUGGUUGCACUUACUUUUAUAGUGGAUUUAAUCUCCCAGAGUGUAAUCCACAACGGCAAUAUUGACAUGCCCUAACUCUUGUUGUCGAAAAUGUGAGGCACUUCCCUUGACAUCUCAAUAUAAGACUGAUAUGCAUAAA